CUCAGACUUGCGAUCUUCGAUUGAGCUUGGGCCUCUAUCAAGGACCUACUCGAUUAGAUUCGACCGUAUUUGUGGCGAAAUGUUCUACAAAGACUGGUCUGCGACGAUUUACUGCGAUGGCGAACCUGCUGAGGAAUACAAGUUCUGCAUCGAGAGCGAUGACACGGCGUCGUGUUAUAUAGCGAGUGAGGCUGGCAAAAAAUUCGAAGUGCACUGGAAGAAUGAGCUGGAGGGACUGGCAAGCGCUGAUUGUUAUAUGGAUGGCCGCUGCGUGGGGUGCGCCACGACCAAACCCGGGAAGAAGGGCCGCCGUUUGGGAUGCCGCACUGGUGCGGAAAGCCGCCAGCCUUUCCAGUUUGCGGCUCUGCAGCUGACCGACAACGAAGAUCUCGCAAAUCCGGAUGAUCUGAGUGUUGGUGCCAUCGGUAUCAUCGAGCUUCGCGUGCAUCGUGUACGGUACUCUCGCAAGUCUAAACGAGAGGGAUACAGAGCGAAGGACGCUCCCGCAUGCGGACUUGUGCAUGAGCGGAGUAAGAAGGCUGGAGCUCACUGUGUGAGUUUCGGCGAGAGGAUCAAAUGUCCACCAAUCAGGGCAAUUCCAGUGAUCCGUUACCUCGAUAAGAAGAACAAGCCUUACGUCCGUUUCAUCUUUCGUUACAAGUCGCGAGAGAUGCUCCAGGCGGAGGAAAUAAUACCUCCGGAUGCUGUCUCCCAGUACCGCAUACGUCCUGAUCUGUCUGCACGAGAUUAUUUUGCGGAGCUCGCGAGAGCGAGGGACCAGGCUGCUGCCAAUUCAUCGAUUGCGGGACCCUCAAAGCUCCACGGCAGACCUAUGCGAGUCAAGCGAGAGGCUAGGGAGGACACCAUGGUUGUCGACUCAGAAUAUGAGCAGGCAGAAGUUGAGAGCCUACUUUCCGCUGGAAGUCUCGCAAAGAAGGUCGUCAGAAACACCUCUGUAAAGCCCGGAUCGUCCAGCAGGAGACCCGUGUAUAUCGACGUGGAUGCCGAUUUUAUCGACCUGACGAUAGACUCGGACUGACAUGGUCAGCUUGUGAUUGGUGUCUCUCGUGAAUUCAUUAGCUUGUACUUCUAUACCUGGAGGUGCUGUCUCCACAUACCCUCGCGCAUUGCCUAACUGAGGAUCUAUAUGUAUCAUGGCUCCGAAUCGUUGAAAUAACGGU